CGGACAACAGAUCAGGGUGGGCCGGAGCAAAGGCAACCCUCGAGCUUUUCGGAAGACAGACCGUACACACAGACGACACGUCUGCAAGUUUACGUCGUUUGUCGGCCGUGUUAAGUAGUAGACGCCUUCGUAGUUUCGUAUUUUUUUUAACCCUCGGUUUCAAGCCGUUACUGUACCUGUAAGAUUUUAUCAUGUGUUUGACUACCAGCAGUAAGCCGCCUAUGGCUGUUUUCUUGGUCUCCAUUUUAGGCUUUGUGCUGGCAUUACUAUUUGUUUUAAUAUAUCUUCAAAGCCAUAGAUCGGAAAUAUUAAAUCCAGAUAUAAAGGACUGGAAUACCUUUUAUUCAACUUUAUCUGACUUGGAAUUGUGUGUCCAUAACACAACAGAAAUAUCAAAGUCUUCAAGAGUUUCCCACAAAACUCCUCCCCCACAGACAGUGAACGCCACUGAAGAAGCAAACAUUACUCUCAGUAUUUAUGCAGAUGUGCAAGUGAGAUUUCAUGGGCAACAUAUAGAAAAUCAAGUCCUCCAUGGUUUUAUAGAUGCACGAUACUUAGGUUUUAAAGGAGACCCCAGUUCUUUGGAAAUGACCAUUGAAUUAACCAAGAGUAUAGCUAAGAACUGGACAGCUUGCAUAACUCUGUCAGGACCAGCUCACCUCCUUCCAGAUUCUCCUCAUAAACCUCCAUCAUGUACAGCUUCACAGAAUUCUCAGACACUAGAUGUUGUGAUAGCUCAGCCAUGGAUAGUUAGUGAAUGGUGCACAGGAGGAGAUUCUGGUAGUCUCACCGUGGCUCCACAACACGAAUUGAAUGUUUAUUUACCAGAGGGAGAUGUGACACUCAUCCAGGUACACAUACUUUAUAUGACAUGCCUCCUCUGCGUUAUGAUGAUGGGGCUCUUGUUUUACUACUUAUUUGGCAGAAGAUGUAUGAUCAGGCCUAAAACAACCCAGAUACCAGAUAAAAUACCUCUCCAUCCAUAGCAGGAUAGAUACUUCUGAAGGGCUGAAUGUUAGGAAAAGGUUUCUAACAACAAUUAUUGGAAAUUAAGGUUUGUUCAGUUUCGACAUUCAGCAUUCAGAAGAAUCGUCAUAACAUGCUUGUAAGAUAUAUGAUAAAAAAUACCUAUUUUUGCAGCAUUGUCUUUACGGUGCCAUGUUAAGCGUGCAGUAUUGAAAUUCCAAUGGAAUAAAUAGAGUAUUUUGAAUUGUGUGGGUUGAUAGUUUUAUAUAUGUUCUCACAAAAUAUAAACCAGUGGUUUGCAAAUGCCUUCCUUUUUUGAUCUAGCUAAAAUUAGAUGGCUAUCCAAAUUCAGAAUGCCUUGCCAGUGGUUAUUGACUAGUGAAUAAAAUAGGUCUGAAGAGGAGGAAUUCACCCCUUUGUCAUUCGCAAGCCCUUUCUCUUUUCACUGUGUGUAUGUUAAGAGUAAACCCAGGGUAUCUCUGCUUGCUGAUAAUCAGUAUUGUUACUCUGUUGUCACCUUUGUUUUUCAUCAUCAUUGUAUGAAUGUGGGUCUGAUACUCUGCCUCUCAAACUGAUUCUCCUGAGACCUGUUUAUUUAAUGGUAAAAUCAAGGAAAUGGAUUGUGAAUUACUUGAGUGAAUGUCAGCUGGUCCGGAUGUUGCUUUAGCACUAAUCUUCCCGUUUUAUCAUUAUUCAUUCAUAAAAUGAGUAUAGAAGUGCCAUGAAAUAGAACGUAAACAAUGAAUUCAUGAAAAUACUGCUGCAGUAUUUAAGCCUCUUAAGCACAAGUUUUCCAAGAAUCUGAGGUUACUCUCCAGUAAUUAUAAAAUGUCUUACAAAAUGACUUGGGGUUAUUUACAUAAAGUUCUGUAAAACUGGAUGUAAGAAAAAUAUUGAAGCAAGAAUAUUUAGGUUUCUUCUAUACCCAUAGAUAGAAACAAAGGCACUUGGUUUAGUUAUCUUGGAACUUAGCUGGUAAUUAGUAACCUGCUUAUCUCUCUCCAUUCAUUUCUGUUGCUGUGUGUAGACUUUUAGAGCCCUACAAUACUCAGCAAGGAUUACUUUGCCAUUUCCUUACACAGUAAUAAAUAAUCAUUUCCUUGUCAUUUUUUCUUUUAAUUGCAAUGCAGUAUAACCAAUAAGAGUGCUGUAAUUACAAUAUAAUGGAAUCAUUUGGCUUCCACUCGCACUCCUUUCAUUUGUUUUGUCAAUUAGUUUAGCAAGACAGUCAUAUUUGUAGACUCACAGUUCUUGCCCAAAGGAUUUGCUUUCAAAUGAGUUGAAAAUUUGUGCAAGGAAGUGGGACAGUCAAGUAUGAAAAUGUAUUUCUUUAUUAACAUGGCCACUAAGUUACAUCCUGAGACUCCUAGGUCAUACCCAAGAGACUUGGUUUUAGAGCAAGGAAAAGCUGCAAAAUUUAACACUAUGUAGGAAGAGACCUAAGAGAAUGGAUGAAAGGUAAAAGGCUAAGUAAAUCAGUUGCGUUUAGGAAGGCAUUUACCUUUUCUGUGGCUUGUUUUGUAUUUAGUUUUAUAUUGUUGGCAGUUUUGAGCAUUUUGUCUUCUGGUUUGCUCAAGGACAGUGGUAUCAGUUAGUAUCACUUUCUUCAUUUUUGCUUGUUUUUUAAGUCAAAAUUCACCUUUUUUUAUACUAUUCCUGUCUGGCUGUGUGUUUUUUAUAUUCCUUUUUGGCUGUUUUUUUUUUUUUAUGUUAGUUCUAUUCAUGAUGGGGUUAGUAUAUCCUGAGAAACCUAACAUAACUCGAAAAUAAUAUGGCACCGACAGAGUUAUGUGAGAAAGGAUGGUGCCUGUUGAGUACAUCAUCUCACUCACUCAAUUGACCCUAGAGAAAGUGGUUCAAAUCCAGGAAACUAGUCUAAUUCUGUUUGCUGUAAGAAAGCAGAUUGUUAGGAAUGUGAAAAAUAAGCUUUUAGAAUCAUGUUUUUUCAUUGUGCUGUGUGGUUUUUAAAAUGAAUGUCUUCAAGCACAGCAGUUCUCAAGUAUUGUGUAAUUUUUUGUUUAACCCUUAUUUUUGUUUAUUGUGAAUGUUCCCUCACAUUUUAAUUUAUGUGAAUGUUCCUUACAUUUUAAUUUUAUGUAUUUACAAGUGAAGCAACAGCUUUCCUUGUACUCCUAAUAUAUUUUGUUAAAUAUUUUUAUUUAAUUAUAUUAAAUUUUCUUACUGUAAAUAUUUUAGUUUUUACGGUAUACAUUGUUUUUUCGUCUUGCAAUACAGUGUAGCAUUCAUCCAGUUACUGUAAACUUGAAUCAUUCCUUGAAAUUUACUCACAAGAUCUCUAGAACUUGUGUGAAAGAAGCAAACAAAAUAUGAUAGAAAUGUGAUUCUUUAUACAAUUUAUGCAAAUAAAGAUACAGUGGGAAAA